CAUUUGGGGGAUAUCUGUACCGUCCUGACAUUUGGGGGAUAUCUGUACUGUCCUGACAUUUGGGGGAUAUCUGUACUGUUCCUGACAUUUGGGGGAUAUCUGUACUGUCCUGACAUUUGGGGGAUAUCUGUACCGUCCUGACAUUUGGGGGAUAUCUGUACUGUCCUGACAUUUGGGGGAUAUCUGUACUGUUCUGACAUUUGGGGGA